AUGGUCACAAAGCGUGCCUUUGCGGCACAUAUACUUGGUAUACUAGCUGGUCCAUUCUGUAAUGAUCACAUCUAUAUUCGCUCAAUGGUGCGACGAAAUGUGACCUGCCGAAAAUGCGCAGAACGAGAUCCAGACUGUGACGACAAGUGCCAAGGGCAGUGGUGUCAUGAAGACAGCACAACAGGAGCUGCUGGAUGUGGCUUUGGACCACCAUCGCUGCCGUUUUUCUAUCGCGGGCCAGAACUUCUUUACUACCGUAACAAAGUAUGCGUCACCUUGUCACGCGGAGCGGGAAAACCACAUAAACAUUGUAUUUGCAAUACAAAUAUGUGUAACGGAUAUGUGCGGCCAUUGGGACGAUAUCCAGUAGCGACGAUGUCCAGAGAUGGCGCGCUGCGAUCGAGAUCGCUAGCGCUCAGGUCAGUCUCCUUCUUUCCCAUUACUUUAGAUCUUCACAGAACCUGUGCUUGCAUGAGCGGCUCUCAUUACUGA